GGCGAGGGGUGAGGGGCGAGGCAGGGCUGGGACUGGUCCUGAACGCCAUGGUUUGCCCUCGUUUAACCUCAAACAGGAUUGUUCAGCAGCGUGAGGGGCCUUAGGGCUGCAGGACAGCCAAGGCUGGCGGCGGAAAGGGUGACAAGGCUGGGCUGAGAGCGCAGUGUGGACGGGCCCUGUCUCCUGAGGAGGGUGAAGGAUGCCGAGCCUACACUCAGUGUGUGUGAAGGGAAGCAGGAUGUGCAGAGAGCCCACAGAGCCCUGCCCGUUCUCCUGAGGAGGCUGAAGACGACCAAACCUACACCUGGUGUGUGUGAAAGGGAGCCGGACGAGGACGGAACCCGCAGGCCCUGCCCUGUCUCCUGAGGACUGUGAAGGACGCCGAGGCUGCACUCUGUGUGUGUGAAGGGGAACACACAGGGCCCUGCCCUGUCUCCCGAGGAGGGUGAAGAAGACCAAGCCUACACUUGGUGUGUGUGAAAGGGAGCAGGGCGAGGACGGAACCCGCAGGGCCCUGCUGGCCUGCCCUGGCCGGUGGCGCUGCCCUGGCGGGGCCAGGCCGUGCUGGCCCCGAGCAUGGCCCUGAGCCUGCGGGAGGGCAUCUGCCUGUUCUAUGACUUUGAGCUGGCACAGAUCCAUAUUUUGCAAGAAGAAGGGCGAGAAAAGAGUGCAGAAAGCAAGGCAACAGAGAAACCGCCAGACACGCUCCUGAUGGAGAUUGACAGAGAUAAUGAUGCCAUUGCAUUUGAAAAUAACAUCCAGCAACUGAGCCCAUCUGAAGAGGGGGAAGAAAAGGAAGUUUUUUCCACUGUUGGGGAAACAAAGAGUCAGAGCUGCAAAGGGGGUGAUGAUUUGCCAGACUUAUUCAAUGGAAGUAAAGAGCAGGAAUAUCCAACUGCAUCAGAACAAACUGUUGUAAGAAAUCUCAAGAAUCUAAAAUUUGAGGCUUGUGCUGCACAUCAAGAAAAAGGAGAAAAACAACGUUUCAACUGUUUUUUCUGCACAUUCACCUCAGUCAAGUUAUCAAGUCUUAGGCGUCAUUUGAAGACCCAUUCAGAUGAGAAACGCCACGUGUGUCACCUCUGCCCGAAGGCCUUCCGUACAGCAACUCUGCUGCACAACCAUGUCAACACACAUACAGUUUCAUGGUGUGUUGUUGCAGGCAACAAACCCCAUAAAUGCAGUGAGUGUGACACAGCCUUUGUGACCCGAGGGGAGCUUUCACGACACAGGAGGUACAAACACACUUUGGAGAAGCCUUUCAAGUGCACAAUAUGUGAAUACUCCAGUGUAGAAGCCAGCAAGAUGAGACGCCACGUUCGCUCGCACACGGGAGAGCGGCCCUACCCCUGUCACCUGUGCAGCUAUGCAAGCAAAGAUGCCUACAAACUGAAAAGGCACAUGUUAACUCACACUGGUGAAAAACGCUACGAAUGUUACGUUUGCCAUGCCAGAUUCACUCAAAGUGGUACCAUGAAAAUCCAUAUGUUACAGAAGCAUGGAGAAAAUGUGCCAAAAUACCAAUGUCCACAUUGUAGCACUUUCCUUUCCCGAAAAAGUGAUUUGGGUGUCCACCUGAGGAAUCUGCAUUCCUACAUGGAAGAGGCAGUGAAGUGCAGGGACUGUGAGGCAGCUUUCCACGAGCGCUACGCUUUCCUUCAGCACAGGAAGACUCACAGGAAUGAGAAAAGGUUCAGAUGUGCUCAGUGCAGCUGCACAUGGAGCCAGAGUAAUAUGUGUAAGCAUGCUGAAAAUUGUGGAUUGGUGAGGGCAAAAACUGCUACACCCAGAAAAGGAAGCAAAAGCAAAAAUAAAAUCCACGAGAACCCGAAGCGUGCUAAGCCAGAAGUUGCCCUAAAAUCAUACCAAGAUGACUCUACUGUGAAAAACGAACAUUGUGCCAAUGAGGUUGCUCCUGUUUUAGAUGGGACAGAAACAGCAACUCCGAGGGAACACAGGACAGAAGCAACUCAUUAGGUGGAUCCUCAACACGAUGGACAAACAAUGCACAAACAGACUGGUCCUCCCUGUUCUCAGUAGUUGUAACUGAGCAGUUCAAAGUGUGGAACUACCUCCAAUUAGAAGGGUGGAAAAGCUGCUGGGUGGAAGCUGUUGAAGCCCUUCUGUGCUCAUGUUUCUUCUUGCUGCAGUUUCUACUGUGUAACCUCAAUACCUUUGCAAAGUGUGAAAGUUAGAGGCAACUUUCACCUGGUUUAUUACAUACGUACAAUAACAGAAUGGGGAAAAGCAGCUUAUUUCAGAGUCAUUUUUUAAAGUGUGGAUGGGUUGUUUCCCCUUGCAUUUGUUUGUUUCCAGCUUUACUUGCAGAACUGCAGACUGAUCUGAGGCAAAUUUACCCCUCAGUAUCACUGAGAGCUGCCUGAAUUUCAAUGUUUAUACUUUGCUGAGGUGAGCACAUGAAAGGCAAUGAUUUUUUUAGUACAAGGUACAUUUACUAAAUCUCCUUUCUGCAAACGCUUGAGUUUGUAAUCGAAUUCAUGAUGCAAUAGAAUGCCUGACAAUUUUGUG